AUGUCUUUAAAUUUUCCGCCUACCGUUCUACGCGAACAUUCUGCAUGCAGUUUCGAUUUCCAGGUAACAGUAUGGGGAAAUAGUACAGUCGCAGAGGUCAUAUGUGAACUUUUACAAGAAGCUGGGAUUUCAAUAGCUGGCUUACCCACGGGGCCGCUAUCACCGCCUCUGGCUCUACCCAUCGCUGGACCAUUACCCCCGCCUGAAGAAGCUGUACCUCCCCCAACAGCAAUUCUUUUUCUUGGUGGUUCUAAAUCUCCAGUUGAACCUAGAUCGCCAGCAGUCUACUUGGAGGGUGAAGUUCUUGUAGUUGAGUAUGAACCACCGCAAUGGGAUGGAAAGGAUCUAGAAGUCUUUCUAGCCUGGGAGAAAAUGUAUGCGUCAAUCCUGUUCUCCGCCGUUGAGCUGUAUGGAAAGCCAUUACUUCGUGCAUCUGCAAUUACCAAAGAAGAAUAUCAUUUGCUCUUCUAUUAUUUGGAAUCUGUAUCUGAAGCAAGUGAAGCAUUAACACAACGCAUGAGAAAAUAUAUUGACUCCGGUCUAUUAUCGAGUAAUUGUCAAAAAGACGCGGAUGAAAACAGUGAACUUGUGUCAAUUAACUCGCAGUUACUUAACAGUAAUCUCAGCUGUGAAAUCGAAUCGAAGAGCCUUUUAACUGAAUUAAUUCAAGAAGGCAUUCUAUCCCAACGUGACGUAGAUACCGCUUCUGAAAUGACUACUUCAAUGUAUAACGAACAAGUGAAUGAUGAUAAAAAAGUAGAAGAUGAUAAUAUAUCCAACUCAUCCUCUGCUGGUGUUUCUCUACGUAAGGUCAUUGUUGACAUACCAGUAGAAAACCCUGAAUCUGUUGUUGACAGUUCCAUCGUUGAAAAUACAGACAACAUUACAACAGUGACAAUUAAAAGUGGUCAAUGUUGUGCAGAUCAUAGAAUAUCCGCUGAUAUUACAGAAAACGUUUGGUCUAAUGUAAGAUGGGAUUUCUUAAACCCAUCUGAUUUUGGAUACGAUCAAGUACCUAAUGUAAAAAGAAGUCGAUCAGACUCGGCGCUAACACCAAUGGCGACACGACGUAACGAAGAAAUCUAUGAGACAUUACGAGAUGGUGAUUCAUGUGGCAGCAUGACACCUUAUGAAUCCAUAGAAGACUUAUAUGAUUGUAUCAAAAACUCCGCAUACAACAAUGUUAUCGCAGAAUCUUCUCCGUCAACGGGAAGUCAAUCGGAGCCACAAUAUCCGGACUUCGAUGAAAAGUCGAGCACGACACGUCAGAGUUCCGUCAGUAGCGAAAAAAGCGGAACCUCGUCCGCUUUUCCAUUUUCAAAGUGCGGUUCGAGUGAUUCAACUGGUGCGUACACGUCUUGCGAGUCUACGAGCGGCUUAAGUACUUUCGUCACGAAGAGCAUUCCAGAGCUGAUUAAAUGUAGAGAAUUACCGCCGCCGCCUACGGAAGUUGAAAUGAAUGAGAGUACUAUUCUAUUGAGGCAAUUAUUUAUGGGUGAAUUAAUGGACGCAUAUGGUGAAUAUCUUUCCGCGUAUCCGUAUGCACGUGCAUUGCUGCGCCGGAAGAUGCGACGAGACGAACAUUUCACUGCCCUCGCCGACAUCAGACGCGGUGCCGCCAAACACACCAUAGCUGAUUACUUGGAACUGCCGGUGAGUGCUUUCUAUAUUAUAUCACGGCUAUCAAUUAUUGAACGUAUGUUGUAA